CAAAAAGAUGGCAGUUUCGCUGGAGAUAUUUGGGGUGAAAUAGAUACUCGUUUUGCAUUCUGUGCUGUCGCCAUAUUACACAUACUUGGUAUGCUAUCAAAUGAUGUUAUUGAUAUUGAAGCCUGUGCUACAUACCUUGAACAAUGUCAAAAUUUAGACGGUUGUUUUGGUACUCAACCUGGAAGUGAAUCACACGCUGGUCAAGCAUAUUGUGUUGUCGGUGCUUUAGCUAUCCUACGUCGGCUGCGUCGACUGAAUAUAGAUCGUGCUGCUUGGUGGUUAGCUGAACGUCAACUUCCUAGUGGAGGUUUGAAUGGUAGACCUGAAAAGCAGCCUGAUGUUUGUUAUUCAUGGUGGGCUGUAGCCACACUAACCAUUCUUGGCCGGCUUACAUGGAUUAAACACGAUGAUUUGACUCGAUUUAUUUUAGCCUCACAAGAUAUUCAAUCUGGUGGGAUAGCUGAUCGUCCAGGGAAUAUGCCUGAUCCAUUUCAUACGCUAUUCGGUCUAGCUGGUCUAUCUCUACUGGCUCGUGUAGACGCGAACGCUAUCGCUCUCCGCCUACAGAAUAACCAUCAUCAGCAUUCUUCAUCACAAAAUGGUGGACCAAAUCAUAAUGAUAAUAAUGGCGGUGAAAUCGACGAAGAAGAUCCAGCUAUCAUUGCCCUGAAAGUUGCUUAUAAUAAACUAAAGCCUAUUCAUCCGGUGUUAUGUAUGCCACAAUAUGUGAUUGAUCGAUUGAAAUUAAAAUUUCAAUUACUUUGAACGUUUAAUUAUUCAAUGUGUACAAGUUUUAAGUAUUAAUUGAACACAUUGAAUAGUACUUUAAGCUAUCAUUAUUAUUUUAAUAUAUUUGUAAAUAAUUUUAAAAGAAAUAAUCAUCAUAAUAAUAAGAAGAAUCGUAAUAUUAUUUCCAUUUUGGAUAAUUAAAUUGUACAGACGACUAUAUGCCAUCAUCAUCAUCAUUAUCAUUGAUUGUUUCGCUGACUGACGGAAUGUCUUCUUGGAAGUAUCUUUCUGUGUGGAACACAUUCCUACAAUAAUUAAUUAACUAACUUCACUGUGACCUGGUCGAAAUAAAUUUAAUAUUCUACCUCUUCGAAGCAUAUUAUUUUUUUUCCUGUCGUUUGUACGCAUUCUUGGUUAUUUUGUUAUGUAAUUGAUAUUAUUAUUAUUAUUAUUUUCAUUAAACAAUUUGUGACGAAUGAUAAUGAUAAUUAUUUUGCUUAU